AUGGCGACUUCGAUGAUGCAUUAUUUCGGCUUCGGCAACAAUGCCCCUCCCUCUGCCAAGGAUGAAGUGAAGAAUGAACACGUGCGUGCUUUGCCAGCAUCAUGGUACACAUCGCCGGAGAUGUAUGAGCUGGAGCGUCGUGCAAUCUUCUCCAAGAGAUGGAUCUUCCUCACCCACAGCUCGCGUGUCAAGGAAGCUGGCGACUGGCUCCGAUACGAGAUGGCUGGCUUCGACUUCAUUAUUACCCGUGACCGACAAGGAGAUAUCAACGCUUUCCACAAUAUUUGCAGACACCGUGCGUAUCCAGUGGUUGAGAAGCAGGGCUCUGGAAACUCGAAGAUUUUGUCUUGCCGCUAUCAUGGCUGGUCCUACGGAUUGAACGGCAAAUUGGCCAAGGCUACUGGAUUCAAAGACGUGGAUAGCAUCGACAAAGAUCAGAACAGUCUCUUCCGCAUUCACGUCAAGGUCGAUGUCAAUGGAUUUAUCUGGGUUAACUUGGACGCAAAGGAAGUCCCCGAAGUAUCUUGGGAAGACCACUUCCGCGACGUCGACAAGCAAGACCGAUAUAAGGCCUACAAUUUUGACAAUUACGAUCUUGACCACACCUAUGAGCUUGAAGGACACUACAACUGGAAGAUUCUGGCUGAUAAUUUCAACGAAUGCUAUCACUGUCCUACGACGCAUGCGGAUAUCCCGGAAUUCCUCAACCUUGAUUCCUUCGACAGCGAUCUCAAAGGCGGACACAUCCAACAUCACUGCGUUUCCACGCCAGAGCAGAUUGCCAAGGGCCUCUAUACCGCCAGCACAUACUACUUCCCUGUCACUGCCAUGGUUGUCUCACCACACUUCAUCAUGGUUCAGAAGUUCCUCCCCAGCAGUGCCAAUAGCUCCAAGAUGGCAUACGAAGUCUACCGCAACAGAAACUCCUCAGAUGCCGAUUUCAAGCUCAUCAGCGAAAUGUACGCCCGUGUCAUGGGCGAAGACAAAGUCCUUUGCAACAACCAACAACUAAACCUGGACCGUAAUGUGUUUAUCAAUGGCCAACUCCACCCAAAGUUUGAAAAGGCCCCUAUUUUCUUCCAGAGCACAGUUCGCGAGGUUAUCACAGAGCACUUUGAGCGCGAAAAGGCCGAAGGUCGGGAAAUCUGGCCGGCAAAACAAAAACUGGCAUGUAACUCGAAAGUUAGUGAGAAGGAUGAGGAGAUUUGUGCCGCUAUCAGCUGUGGAGCACAGAGUGAGGUUUUGGCUUGGUAG